UUUCUCUUCUUUAUGGGAAUUCUUACACUCUUGCCAUUCCUGCCAUUUUUUGUUUGCCUCUGCUCAUAUCGUUAGGUCCUUUAAGGCUUUGUGAGCCGUGUCGCAACAAUGGCGGAGCGAAGAAUCUCCUAUGCUCCCGACGUCGAGAAUGGUGACCAUUCUCGCAGCACUGCUGAUGUCAACGAGGGUGCCGGUCUCGACGAGUACGGAGCGUUGAACCGGUACAUCUCUACUGCUCGUGAUGGUCGCCGUGGCUCGACUUCUUCUGCCGGUGGCUUCAGUGCCAAGAAGAACAAGAAGCCCUGGUACAAGUUCUGGGGUGGAAAGGAAGAUGCUGUUGAUGGAGAUUUUGUUUGCCCCGAUGACUGGCUCGAGACCGAUAUCCGCUCUGGUCUCCGCGCCAGCGACAUUGAGCCUCGCCGCAAGAGAACUGGAUGGAACGAGUUGACCACCGAGAAGACCAACUUCUUCGUUCAGUUCAUUGGUUACUUCCGUGGUCCCAUUCUUUAUGUUAUGGAACUUGCUGUCCUCCUCGCCGCUGGUCUUCGUGACUGGAUUGAUCUGGGUGUCAUUAUUGGUAUUCUGAUGCUUAACGCUGUUGUCGGUUGGUACCAGGAAAAGCAGGCUGCCGACGUUGUUGCUUCUCUCAAGGGUGACAUCGCCAUGAAGUCUGUUGUUAUUCGUGAUGGUCAAGAGCAGGAGAUCCUUGCUCGUGAGCUCGUUACCGGUGAUAUCGUAAGUUUCUUCCCUCCCAUUCCGCCUAUCAAUCUUUGGAAGGGGCCAGCCAGACUGACCGGUUAUCUCUCUCUAGGUCAUUGUUGAGGAAGGUACCGUCGUCCCUGCCGAUGUCCGCCUGAUCUGCGACUACUCCAAGCCCGAAAUGUUCGACACCUACAAGGAAUACCUGAUCCAGUCUCAGGACGACACCCUCAAGGAGAAGGAUGACGACGAUGAGGAUGGUGGCAUUGAGGCUCGCGCCGGUGUCUCCCUGGUCGCCGUUGACCAGUCUGCCAUCACUGGUGAAUCUCUCGCUGUCGACAAGUACAUGGCCGAUACCUGCUACUACACCACCGGUUGCAAGCGUGGCAAGGCCUACGGUAUCGUCACCGCUACCGCCAAGCAGUCCUUCGUCGGUAAGACCGCCGCUCUUGUCCAGGGUGCUCAGGACCAGGGUCACUUCAAGGCUGUCAUGGACAACAUUGGUACUACGCUGCUGGUUCUCGUCAUGUUCUGGAUUCUCGCUGCCUGGAUCGGUGGUUUCUACCGCCACCUCAAGAUCGCCACCCCCGAGGAUGAGGACAACAACCUGCUUCACUACACCCUUAUUCUGCUCAUCAUUGGUGUCCCCGUCGGUCUGCCCGUCGUCACCACCACCACCCUCGCUGUCGGUGCUGCCUACCUCGCCGAGCAGAAGGCUAUUGUCCAGAAGCUCACUGCCAUCGAAUCUCUUGCUGGUGUCGACAUUCUCUGCUCUGACAAGACUGGUACUCUCACUGCCAACCAGCUGUCUAUCCGUGAGCCCUACGUCAACGAGGGUGUCGAUGUUAACUGGAUGAUGGCCGUCGCUGCUAUUGCCUCCAACCACAACGUCAAGAACCUGGACCCCAUCGACAAGGUUACCAUCCUUACUCUCCGCCGUUACCCCAAGGCCCGUGAGAUCCUCGCUCGCAACUGGGUUACCGAGAAGUACACUCCCUUCGACCCCGUCUCCAAGCGUAUCACCACCAUCUGUACUUGCGACGGUGUCCGCUACGUCUGCGCCAAGGGUGCCCCCAAGGCUAUCCUCAACAUGUCUGAGUGCUCCGAGGAGGAGGCCCGUCUCUUCCGUGACAAGGCCACCGAGUUCGCUCGCCGUGGUUUCCGUUCUCUCGGUGUUGCCGUCCAGAAGGAGGGUGAGCCCUGGCAACUGCUGGGCAUGUACCCCAUGUUCGACCCCCCUCGUGAGGAUACUGCCCACACCAUCGCCGAGGCCCAGGUCCUUGGUCUGUCCGUUAAGAUGUUGACUGGUGAUGCUCUUGCCAUCGCCAAGGAAACUUGCAAGAUGCUUGCCCUGUCUACCAAGGUCUACGACUCCGAGCGUCUGAUCCACGGUGGUCUUGCCGGCUCUGCCCAGCAUGACCUUGUCGAGAAGGCUGAUGGUUUCGCUGAGGUGUUCCCCGAACACAAGUACCAGGUCGUCGAGAUGUUGCAGCAGCGUGGUCACUUGACUGCCAUGACUGGUGACGGUGUCAACGAUGCUCCUUCCCUCAAGAAGGCUGACUGCGGUAUUGCCGUCGAAGGUUCUACCGAAGCCGCCCAGGCCGCUGCCGAUAUCGUCUUCCUUGCCCCCGGUCUCAGCACUAUCGUCGAUGCCAUCAAGCUGGCCCGUCAGAUCUUCCAGCGUAUGAAGGCCUACAUCCAGUACCGUAUUGCUCUGUGUCUCCACCUUGAGAUCUACCUCGUUACCUCCAUGAUCAUCAUCAACGAGACCAUGCGCGCUGAUCUGAUUGUCUUCAUCGCCCUGUUCGCCGAUCUUGCCACCAUUGCCGUUGCCUACGAUAACGCUCACUUCGAAGCCCGUCCCGUCGAGUGGCAGCUUCCUAAGAUUUGGGUUAUCUCCGUCGUCCUCGGUGUCCUCCUUGCCGCUGGUACCUGGAUCAUCCGUGCCUCUCUGUUCCUGUCCAACGGUGGUAUCAUCCAGAACUUCGGUUCUCCUCAGGAGAUCCUCUUCCUGGAGGUUGCCCUUACUGAGAACUGGCUGAUCUUCGUUACCCGUGGUGGUAAGACCUGGCCCUCGUGGCAGCUGGUUGGUGCCAUCUUCAUUGUCGAUGUGCUCGCCACCCUCUUCUGUGUCUUCGGUUGGUUGUCCGGUGAAUACAAGCAGACCAGCCCUCCCAGCCCUGCUGAGUUCUCCGUCAACGGUGAUGUCGACAUUGUCACCGUCGUUGUCAUCUGGGCCUACUCCAUUGGUGUCACCAUCAUCAUUGCCGUGGUGUACUACAUCCUCACCAUCAUCCCCGGCCUCGACAACCUUGGACGUAAGAACCGCUCCAAGGCCGACACCAAGAUCGAGAACCUGCUCGGUCACCUUUCCAAGCUUGCCAUCGAGCACGAGGUCGACUCCCACGGCAAGUCUCGCUACACCCUUGGUGCUCGCGCCGAAGAGGUUGAGGAGGAUGAGUAAACAUCUACGCUCAUUUCCUUUUAAUAUGAUCCGCUCUGGAUAAUCACUCCGCAUACAUGCAUGGGCUGGCUUCUGGGCCCAGCUGCGCAUACCCCUUUUUUUCCGUAUCAUAGACUUUUUUUUUUCUUAUUAUCUUUUGUCUCUACGUUAUAGAGUCAAUUUUCUCUUCUUUCACAUGUAUGUAUGUCAUUAAUAGUGGUAAAUUUAGUGAAAUCAAACCAAGGGUUCAUUCAAGAAAACU